AUGGAUCAGGAGGACAAGAUCCCAAGCCCUCCGGCAGGGCCUCGGCCGCGUCGGGCCUCGACGGCUUCACCAGGUACUUGGCUCGCAAGAGAGGCAGAGCGACAGUCUGAACUGUCCAGGCCGUCGGGGUCCCUGCUGAUGAGAGGGCCGCGCUCGCGGUCCGCCAUGUCCUUCCGCCGGCCGUCGUCCUCCAGGGGGUCCAUCGCUUCGCGAAACUCCAGGGGCACGGCCAUCGUGGACUACGGGCUGUCACCGGGACUGCAGAGCCUCAUCGGGCGCCUCACCAACACCAAGGACGUGGGCCUGAUCGCGUACCUGAGCGCCAUCCCCGGGGAGCCGCACGGCGCCACGCGGCCGCCUGCCGCCAUCAACAAGCUGCAGCAGAAGCAGUCCGGCCGCCCCAAGUCCAUCAUGAAGAUCAGCAAGGCCACCGUGCGGUUCGAGCCGACGUACCGCCUGGAGCCGCUGCGCCCGUUCCGCGUGGACCGAGCCCUGGACCAGGUGAAGAAGGCCCUCGAGAUGGGCAUGGCGGAGGCCACCUACUCGCCGCAGUGGGCCACCGACGCCGUGCGCAUCCUGGCCGCCUACAUCACGCAGUGCGUCAAGGCCGUGGAGAUGCCGGCCCCGUGCAGGUACAAGAUCGCCACCAUGGUGACGGUGCUGGAGCGGCGCCAGCAGGGCGUGCGCACCGAAGGGGCCGUGCUGUGGGACGACAACCUGGACCGCAUCAUCUCGGCCUGCGUCGAGAACAACACCAUGGUCGCGUGCGCCGUCGUGUACGCCGUCUUCUGGGAAUGA